CACUUGCGAUUCUGUGAGACCUGCAAAACAUGCACUGUGUGGGCCCCCGAGGACCGAGUUUGAGAACCUCUGAUUUACAGCAUUCAGUGAUACACAAGUAACUGCAUGGUUCAUCAUUGGUACAGUUUCCACUACUAGCCUUUCCUUAGUAGGAAGACCUCCAUCACUGAGCACUCAAACUAAUGUUGCGGUCCAGGUAAUGUCAUCCCGACCAGAUGCUCAGGAAUGUACACCUCACCUCAGGCCGGGGAGAGCAGGGCAGGCGGAUCGGGGAGAUUUCCUACACGGAACUAUUAUUCUGUGCUGUCACGGGCUCUCGUUUCCGGGGGAAGCUGUGCAGUCAGCGCACCAGUCCCCCAGCCGUCACAUUGCCAUGUCUUCGCUGCUCUCAGGUCUCCGCUCCCUGGCGGUAACGGGGCUGUGCUAUACCCCGGUGCGGGGGAAGAAGCGAUGGCUGCGCCCUUACCUGAGGCUUCUGGCGAGGAAGCGGUUGCUGGAGCCUCCCCCGGUUCCUGUGCCAAGGUCCCAGCAGCCAAAUUUUGAUUACCAUGCAGAGAUCGUGGCUUUCUCCAGGCGUCUAAAUGAGGCUUUCUCAAUUGAUGUUUUAAAAACUGCUUUUGUGAACGAUUCCUAUGUGACCGAAGAGGAGAACCGUCGCCGAGAGCUGGGGUUGGACAAAGAAAUUGCUGCUUUGAACCUGCAGGAUAACCACAAGCUCGAAGAAGAUGGUUCGGCCUUCACUGUGUCAUACCUAACCAAUACGUUGAAGAAGAACUUUCCAAAUCUGCCACCUGCUGGCGUGGAAGCUGUGGUUGACUCCCUCACUAGCCAGCAGGUUUUGUGUCAUGUUGCUCAAAAUAUAGGGAUUGAAGAUCUAACACUGAGCUCAGAGUGUCCAUUGUCUCCCACAACCCUACAGAGAACGCUCUAUGCCGUUAUCGGAGCUCUCCUGCAAAGCACUGGUCCUGAUAAAACAGGGUUAUUUCUCCAGGACUUCCUAAUUCCUCAAAUGAUUGGGAAGGACUUGUUUGAUCACUGGUCCAUUAUAGACCCUAUGUCUUUGCUGGUUGAACAGCUGGCCCAGAGGAACAUACCCCUACCUGAGUCCAGGCUCACAAAACAAUCCGGAGCCAGCACUGUGCUACCUGUAUACUUUGUGGGCCUCUACUGUGAUAAGACUCUGAUUGCUGAAGGCCCUGGAGAGACCAUCAUAGCUGCAGAAGAGGAAGCUGCCCGAGUGGCCCUGCGAAAGAUGUUCGGAUUUGCAGAAAGCAGGCGUCCAUGGGAUUAUUGUGCGAGCAGACAGGAGACUACCAAUAAAAAGGCCAUAAAUCAGUAGCUCUGAGCACACGCCACGCACUUAGUGCUGAAUAGGGACUCACUUUAUGAACUGUGUGUCAGAGCUGGGACGUGGCAGCUGUUUGAGAACUCAUAAGAUUCACUGUCUGGUUCUUAUUGAUCCAGUGGUUUUUUUUCCUGAUGUGGCAUCAAAACCUUAGCUAUUUCAUAUCUGUCCCACUAAUUGUAGACCAUUGUUUUUUGAUUGUCAGUCUUAUUCUUUUCAAAACAUAGAAUGGAAAGAUUAAAUACAAUUAAUGUCUUUUUUUGUUGUUGUAUAUUUUCCUAUCCUUGUAUACUGUUUGUAGGACUACACCCAUGAUGCAGACAUUACUAGGAAUAAACAUUUCCAUUCACAAAA